UUGUCCCUUCCUUUUCUAGCGCAUUAGCUCCCUGAUCCUGUGAUUGUUUGGGACGAACAGUUUCGAGCGUAACUUGUUCAGGUGCUGGUCGUAGAUUCGUUCAGAGGUAGGGAUGGGAAGAGAGAAGUGGACUCAGAUCUCUCGAGGGAUCGUUGGGGUUUGGAUUCAGGCUGUCACGCACUAUACUUGGGUACAGGUUGGACCUUUUGUUAUCAUCUACUGAGCAGGGGAAUUCAUUGAGCGACCGAAAUGCACCGGGGAGUUCCACUCCUUCCCCUUUUGUGUGAUUUUCGCUUCUGCUAUGAACACGUUGUUGUGCUUCAGUUUCGAACAGCUAUUUGGUGGUUUAGUGUUGCCAUUCUGGAUUUUGAGUUUUGUUUUCAGCUCCCGGAAUCCACCACUGGUUGCAUCGGACGACCAGUUCGCCUUCUGCAAUCUGCUGCCUGAAUGGAUGUGAAUAUUUUGCUCCGUAGCAAAGACAGUCAGGAUAGAGUGCCAUUGUUGCAAAAGGCAAAUUCGAUGGUGCUGUUUAGUUGGGUCUUUCAGACCUUUUUCCUUUGUGAACAACUUUCAGAUUAUCGGACAAGAACCAUCUCAUGUUUGCCUGCUGACUGUUUGUUAUUUUCUCAUUUUGUGCGCUUUUGCCCCUGCUUUUGAAUUAGACAAUUAGUUCGAGCCAGUUUAGUUCAUACCGCAAAAGCUGUAGUAUACCUCAAUAUUCUUAUUAUGUCUCUCCCCAAAGAAAAGUUGGAAACGAGAUAAUCUGAAGUAUUUAUUUAUACUACGACUAAUGGCUAACACCUCAUGUAUGAUAAAGGGGCCGUAACUUGGGACCUUUGAUAUCUUGGAUGCUGCAUAUUUCUGCAUCAAAUUUGAUGCUUAAACUAGUGGAUGUAAGAUAAACAAUGCUCUUCCUUGUCAAGACCAAAUGGUUCCAAAAUUGAGCUUCUGAGGGCGCAAACCAACAAACCCACGAAAGUAACCAGAGAUGCUAUUGACUAAAGUUUUUCUCCAGGAUUGGACUAAAUGCUGGACUUAAGAAUAUAAUUCAUGUGUUUAUAUUUGGAAACAAUUAGUUGUUCUUUCUUGUAAUUGUGAUGUCAUCAAGGCAUUGAACACUAAUUAUGAGUUAAUUUGUUGUAGAGAGGUGCACAUUUGGUAUCUUUCCCCUGAUGAGUUGAAUGACGCCUCCCAAUUGAAGAUGUACAUGGAGCUCCUUUCCCCUUCUGAAAGGAAGAAUGCUUUGUCCAUGAAUGGGGAAAAUUUGCAGAAAGUUGCUGUGCUGUCCCGUGCACUGGUGCGCACCACCCUCUCGAGAUGGGUACAGAAAUUUUCCAUUCUGGCGGUUCAAGUUGGACUAUAUAGUCAUAAAUAUUUGUAAUGACAUGCACAACUUGGUAUCACUGGAAGAAAAUGGUGGUGUUUUUAUUGGAGGGAUUGUUCUGUUUGACCCAUGUCACAUGGGGAUGCAUACAAUCAUACAGAUACAGAUUGUAAAAUCGAUCCAAGAUUGUUUGAGUUUAAGAAGAACAAAUUUGGCAAACCUGAGAUACUGUGGCGGGCUGAUGAUGAUAGGAUAGAGUGGCCUUUGCAUUUCAAUAUUUCGCACACAUCGUCUUUGAUUGCCUGUGGAGUUACUAUGGAUGCUCCUAUUGGGAUUGACAUUGAGGAGAAGAAACGAAACACAGCCAAGAAUGUUUUAUCUCUUGCUGACCGUUAUUUCACCCCUUCUGAAUUCGAUCAUCUAGUCAACCUUCCUGAUCCUGAUGCUCAGCAAAAGGAAUUCAUCAAACUAUGGACUCUUAAAGAAGCAUACGUAAAAGCUCUUGGAAGAGGGUUUUCAGGUGCUCCUUUCAAUAAAUUCUCAAUCAUAUUGGCAGCUAAUAAUGGAAUUCAAAUUUCUGUGGAACCAAAAGCACUCAACGAUUCCAACUCUAGUUGUGACUGUCUGUCCGAGAAUUGGAAAUUCGCACUUGCUGAGCUAUAUGGUUCUUAUUACAUGGCAGCUUGUAUGGAAGAUGACUCGAGAAGUUCAGGUUCUGAAGAUGAUCGAUCACCACUAGGCUUGAAAGUAUGGAAAACCAUUCCGUUCUUAGAAGACAUACUUGUUUCUGGAACAGAAGCUGUAAAAUUUAUCAGUUGACUGUGCUAGAGUAUAUGGCAUUGUGAUAUGGAUUUGAGCCAUUUAUGGGGAGAAGCUCUGAUCAUUUUUCUGGUAUUGAGGGGAAACUGACCACUGACGUCGCGCUAUAGUUGGGGCUAUGGAAAUUCGGCAGCAUAUACUCUCAAUAAAGACUUCGUUAUUAGCUGCAAGGCUACCACAACAACCUGCUUUUGAAGGGACAAACCAUUCUUUUAUUGUUACUGUAGCAGGCUUGCAUUCGACUGAUUAGUCAAGGAUGUCAGCAGUUGCUAUCUGACGUAUUUUUGGAGUUGCAUCUAUAUGUAUGGCUAGACUUCCACCUUUGAAAAGUUCGGUGCAGCAUAUCUUGAUUCGAAUGCUGUACGAAUCAUUGUGGUUCUAGAAUGCAUCUUUAUGAUUGGAAUGUAACACGUAGGCUUUCGAUGCUGUAAUAGAAUGAUGUCUUGCUGCUGAGGAAUCAGUUAGGAUUCCUACGCCGAUUGCAGUUGAUGUAGUACGUUAACAUUUUUCAAUGACCAAAUUGCCUCUCUCCUGUGAGCCCAA